AUGGAUAUACCUGCGCGCUUAUCCGAUCCAGCAUGUCUGGUUUGCAAAGACCCAAAACAUCGGGUGAAAAACUGCGGUGUGUUUGCCAAGAAGACGUUGGACGAACGCUGGAAGACCAUUCAGGAGCUCAGACUUUGCCGUAUAUGUUUGGGAGCUCAUGGAAAGCGACCGUGCCGAAUCCGCACGAAGUGUGAGAUCGACGGAUGUCAGCUUCGACAUCAUUCACUGCUACACUCAAAGCAGACACCGAGUGCACUUGUGCCAAAACAAGAGAAGCUCGAACCCAAACCAUCAGGAUCUGAUGCAGUUACUAAUCAUCACUACGCUGGCAAGGCCGCACUCUUUCGAAUUAUCCCUGUAGAGCUGCAUGGAACCAACCGUUCGGUGUCAACUUACGCGUUCUUGGAUGACGGGUCGUCACGGACGCUGGUCGACGAAGAUAUUGCGAUACAAUUGGGCGUCACAGGAGAUUCGCUCCCACUGUGUCUGCAGUGGACGGCUAACAUGAAACGAAUCGAGACCAAGGGCGUGGCACACCGUGGCACAUCGUUGUACAUUGCGGCACGAGCUACCACGCUGUUUCGGAUUGCGUUGAAGAUUCGUGGAGAAGCCGAAGUGACAAAGUUCACGCUGAACGAUGUGCGCACUGUGAGUAAGCUGGACCUACCACGGCAAUCCCUGCGAUACGCGGAGUUGGCUGAGUCGUUCCCAUAUUUGAAAGGUCUUCCGAUCAAAGAUUACGAGAACGCAUUGCCUCGUAUUCUUAUCGGUAACGACAAUGCUCACGUGACUGCUAUGCAUAAGAUACGAGUGGGCCAGCCUGGAGAACCGAUUGCGGCGAAGUCGCGGCUCGGGUGGACUGUAUACGGGAAACAAGAAAAAUCUGUGGAUCGCGCUCACAGUUUCCAUAUCUGUGAGUGUCAGGAUGAUCGGUCACUGCAUGAUCUCGUUAAACAGUUCUUCUCGGUGGAAAGUAUGGGUAUCGAGGCUGUAGGAUGUCCCGAAUCUCCGGAAGUACAACGUGCGAACAAUAUCCUUCAAAAAACUACGAAGCGUGUCGGUCAGCGGUUCGAAACGGGACUGCUGUGGCGGUAUGAUUGUUUCGAGUUCCCGGAUAGCUAUCCGAUGGCAGUUCGUCGAUUGCAGUGCUUGGAGCGACGAAUCUUGAAAGACCCAGUGAUUGGCGAGAGUGUCGUGAGGCAGCUUUCCGAAUACCAGGCGAAGGGGUACAUCCAUAAGGCGACCCCGGAGGAACUGGAGGAAGCGGACCCCAGACGAACUUGGUACCUUCCGUUAGGUGUCGUUCUAAAUCCGAAGAAGCCAUCGAAAAUCCGUAUAUUUUGUGAUGCCGCAGCCAAAGUAGAUGGCAUUUCGUUGAACACGAUGCUGUUGAAAGGACCGGAUCUUCUGAACUCUCUUCUGACAGUGCUCUUCGGAUUCAGGGAAAGACGGGUAGCCCUCUGCGCGGAUUUAAAAGAGAUGUUCCAUCAAGUAAAAAUUCGGCGUGAGGACCGUCACGCACAACGGAUGCUUUGGCGGGAUGACCCAAGCAUGGAACCCACUGUGUAUCUAAUAGAUGUUGCUACGUUUGGGGCCGCGUGUUCACCAUGCUCGUCACAACAUGUAAAAAACCGGAAUGCUGAAGAACAUGCUCAAGAGUUCCCAGCAGCUGCUGAUGCCAUAAUCCGGAAACAUUACGUUGACGAUUAUCUGGACAGUGCAGACAGCGUAGGGGAAGCGAUAAAAAUAGCGUUGGAAGUUAGGCACAUCCACUCCCUUGCUGGGUUUCACCUACGAAAUUGGUUGUCGAACUCCAAGGAGGUGCUGGCACGGGUCGGGGAAGACGACCCCGCUUCCGAGAAAUGCAUCCAGAUGGACAAGAAUUGCUCUAUGGAACGGGUACUUGGAAUGUACUGGAAACCAGAAGAAGACGUCUUCACGUUCUCAACGACACUAGCGAUUGAGACGAAUCGUCCUACGAAGCGACAGGCAUUGCAGGUCGUGAUGAGCCCGUUCCACCCGGCUGGACUACUAUGUUUCUUUCUCGUCCACGGUAAGAUACUAAUUCAGGAGGUAUGGAGAGCAAAAACCGAAUGGGACCAGCCGAUUCCGUUGGAAUUGAACGAGAAAUGGACCCGGUGGACCGCCUUGUUCCAAUAUCUGAACCAAAUACGCGUUCCUCGUUGCUACUUUCCCGAACAUUCGAUCAAGGAGGUCGUGUCGCUGCAGUUGCAUAUAUUCGUCGAUGCAAGCGAGGAAGCGUAUGCGUGCGUAGCGUAUCUUCGUGCAGAGUUCCCGGGCAGCGUUAUCAGAGUUGCGUUGGUUGGUGGCAAAGCAAAGGUGGCUCCUUUGAAGACGCUUUCUAUUCCGAGACUGGAACUGAAUGGAGCGGUAAUCGGAGUUCGACUGCGCAAAGCAAUCAUCAAUGGACACACGCUUAAGAUAGACAAGACGGUCAUGUGGACCGACUCCAAGAUUGUAUUGGCAUGGAUCAAUGCGGACCAUCGAAGAUAUCGGCAGUUUGUUGCAUGUAGGGUUGGCGAAAUACUGUCGAAAUCGGACGCGGCGAAGUGGCGGUACGUACCGAGUAAGAUGAAUCCCGCAGAUUUGGCAACCAAAUGGGGUGUAAGAGGACCCUGCUUCUCGGCGAAUAGCCCAUGGUUCGGAGAGUUUUUCCUAGGUGUGCCGGAAACACAGUGGCCGUCGGAAAUAAAUGCUGCUGAGGAGACGACCGACGAGGAAUUACGACCCUGUCUGGUAUACAGUGAAGUGAUUUUGAAGCCCGUCAUCAAUUGGGAACGUUUUUCUAACUGGACACGACUACAGCGAGCGGUUGCGGCCUAUCACGCAGCAGGAGCUGGCACUUGCAGAGUCAACCAUUUACCGACUGAUCCAAAGUGA